CAGCUGACCACCUCGACUUCGUCGUUGAUUCAUCGUGUUUGACAAGGUUGUUAUGACUCUUUAAACGCUCCGAUUUACCAGGCUCACGCGAUUCCACCGAUCGUGUCUGGCCUGAGCACCGCGGACAGUCCCCGAGUUCUCCGAGGACGGUAUCUCUCGCGCUCGAUGAAAGCGGCCGAUUUCGUCGUAGCGCAUAAAGGCACCUGCGGACCUACUGGAAAAAUUAUGUGAUAUUCCCUCGGUGACGCGGAGAAGUGAUGGCUUCGAUCUGUCGCCGCUGGAGACUAUGGAUUCUACCAGUUCUCACUUGUCUCUACGCGCUGCUGAUCAUAAUCCUGGUACCGAUCUUGUUGGCCAAUUCUAUUAACAAUGGGUUCAACAAACAGGACCAAGGGGCACUCGUCGGCGGUGCCUUCGUGCUCCUCGCGCUGCCCAUCGCUUUUUACGAGAUCGUCCAGCAUAUGAUAUAUUACACACAGCCGAAGCUGCAGAAAUAUAUCAUAAGAAUACUAUGGAUGGUACCGAUUUACGCGGUGAACGCUUGGCUAGGCCUCGUUUACCCCGAGGGUAGCAUAUACGUCGACAGUUUAAGGGAAUGUUACGAGGCGUAUGUAAUAUACAAUUUUAUGAUGUAUCUGUUGGCCUACUUAGACGCCGACCGUCAGCUUGAGCACCGACUCGAGAUCUCGCCGCAGGUGCAUCACAUGUUCCCUCUCUGCUGUUUACCCGAUUGGGAGAUGGGCAGGGAAUUUGUACAUAUGUGCAAACACGGUAUAUUGCAAUACACUGCUGUCCGGCCUAUUACAACUUUGAUAUCCUUUAUUUGUGAGCUGAAUGGAGUGUACGGCGAGGGCGAGUUCCGGAAGGACGUAGCUUUUCCAUAUGUGAUCGCUCUUAAUAAUUUAUCGCAGUUCGUCGCCAUGUACUCUCUGGUACUGUUCUACCGUGCCAACGUCGAGGCUUUGAAGCCGAUGAAACCCCUCGGGAAAUUCUUGUGCAUCAAAGCUGUCGUAUUCUUCUCAUUCUUUCAAGGCGUGAUGAUCGCGUUGCUGGUGUACUUCGACGUGAUAUCGAGUAUUUUCAACACGAACGACAAAGACGAUAUUAGGAGUAUAUCGUCGAGGCUGCAGGAUUUCCUUAUCUGUAUAGAGAUGUUCAUGGCUGCGGUCGCUCACCACUACAGCUUUUCGUAUAAACCUUUUGUAAACUUAGCGCAGACUCAGGCUUGGUGGGACGCGUUCAGGGCCAUGUGGGACGUGUCGGACGUCCACAACGACAUCAAAGAGCACUUGGGGGUGGUAGGAUCCUCGUUGAGUCGUAGGAUACGUGGCCGUGGCUCGUAUCAGCAGGCCUGGGGAAGCGCGACGGAGCGUACGUCGCUCUUACCAGAUACCUCGGCAGCUGCGGCCAGAAGCGCGCCGGCAUGUUCCUUUUCUGGUUACCACAGGGCCGAGGACCAAGGCGACAGUCCAGCUGAACUGAUCCCAGACGUGCAGGAUACCGGUAACUCGGUGAAGGCGUAAUAUCUUCCCCGACGUCCAAAACCGUGAGCAAUCCUCUUCAGGGUUACACUCAUAAUCGAUUAUAUUUUUGUUUCGACUGUGAUCCCGCGAAGGGGACGUUGCAGACGAUGAAUAUUACGUAAGCUCCGUAUCGCUAGUAUUACGUUUAAGCAGAGAGAUAAGAACAAAAGAAUCUAGUUUUGCAAGAUGAGCAAGGGAGUGUUCUCGCCCGUGUAUCGUAUGUACAAAUUUCUCACAUCGUGUCCUGACCGAACGGCACGGUCAUUAACUUAACCGGGAAGGGAUAGCAUCGUGGUGAACGUUUAUUAACUAAAUAAAGGAUUUUAUAGGCCAUGUUCGAACGCGAGACUUAAUGCGUGUCGUUCAACCUCGUCCAUUUGAAGAAAAACGCUUUUUUCUCAAUUGAUUUGCGGCCAAUUACGCGCCUCGUGUUACCAAAUGAUGUAUUACCAAAUAAUUGUACAUAUAUAUAUAUAUAUAUAUAAUGUUUAUACUUAGAACAAUAUAUCGGUACAGUCCUAUUUAUGAACAUGUUGCGAUAUUUAUUGCUGGUUAUCGACCCCAAAUACGCGGAGUUAUGGAUCACUGGAAGACUGUCGUAACCCGUUACUUGUCACGUCUCGGUAUAGUUUCAAGCGGAAUUUGAGAAACGUGGCAGGGACCAGGGUGGUCAAUCACUGUGUUUUAAUUAUUGUUGCUCGUUGUGUCUGUUAACGUGAUUGUCCGCAAACGCUUGUUGAGUAGCAGAGUUGAGACGGAACAUUCCUGCCAAAUGUGUACACAGUUCUCUAAUUUUGUAUCGAUGGCGUUGGUUUUAGGCUCGCAUAUUUGAAAAAGGAAAUACUCAAGUAUACAUUACAUAGGAAAAUUUCUAUCGCCGACCGAGGUGGUCGAGGGAAUUAUAAAAUAUGUGGUGGCGUUGACGCGUUUACGCUAGCAUAUCAAGUUUCCAUAGAUCGAUUUACCGGAGGAUAAUAUCAAUUUACUGACCUUCUAUAAAGAUGUGUGAACUUGAAUGCUUUAUCGAACGUUCGGACCAAAGAGUAGGAUAUAUUUUGUCUGGAAGUUAGUUCAGAUGAGCGUAGUUUCCCGGUUGACCUACAGAUCAUCGAUUUCAUCGUCAAUUAAUUCCCGUGGAGGAAAUGAUAUUUUUUAAUACGUUUCUCUACCGUCUAACUGAUCUUUGUGAUACAUUUGAAACCGCCAUUAAUUGUCAUUGAACGUGGACAGGGAUUGAAACCUUUUUUAGAAAAAAGAAACAAACACACGAGAGGAAAUUUUAGAUGUGUCUAGUCGUGUAUUUUAAUAAUCCUCAGCCAUUUUUGUACAAAUUUCGAAUCCCGAGCGAGUACUUAAACGAACGUUUCGAUUUUCGGAAGAGCAGAAUAAAUUAAGGCCAUCCAGAAACAAUCAUACGCGUAAAUUAAGGAGAAAUGUUCGUAACUUUCUUAACACUUUUUCUUAGAUUUAAGCAGAGAAUCUCGAAAUAACUGUUGAGACUCUCGCCAACCCAAAAAAAUACGAAUAAAGAUACGAAAGGUA